AUGCCAAUGCUAACCAGCCGAAUUUACAUCGUAACUGCACCAGACCUAUGCGCUGCUGUACAGAAGGCCUCCGCGGCUAUGAGCUUCGAUCCUAUCGUUGCCGAAAUAACCCCCCGUCUAGUUGGAUCCAAUGCUCACACGAAAGCUGUCAUAUCAGGUGUUGGAGACAUGAUAGAGGGCCGAAAUGACAUCAUGAAAAAGUCCCACCAUCUGAUCAAUCCUCCAUUGUUGCCGCAGAACAUCGCGGCAGCCUCCAAGACCCAGCUGGAUUACUUUGGAGGACUCAUCGCCAAAAUCGAUGACAACUCCGAGGUCGAUUUGUUCCGCUAUGUACGUAGGGCUGUGACUACUGCCUCCAUGACGACUUUCUACGGACCGAACAAUCCCUUCGAGAAACAUCCUGAACUCGUGGAAGACUUUUGGGACUGGGAGGAAGGCAACGUGGCUUACAUGCUGGGGUUGUUUCGCAACAUCAUCGCUCACAAAGCAUCUCGCGGGCUGGAGGCCUGCGUCAGGGGGUUUGCGGAAUACAUCGAGGCAGGAGAAAUCAAAGACGCCUACAAAUUGAUUCGCGAACGAGAUCAACUCCAUAUUGAUAUGGGCAUUGCCGACAAGAACGAAAGAGCAAGACUUGAAGUGGCCAUGUCUCUGGGCUUCAAUGUCAAUGCCAGUGGUACUACCUUCUGGGUAGUGGACAACGUUUUCAGUCGUCCCGCGCUAUUGUCCCAACUCCGCGAGGAGAUCCGUGCAAACGCUCUCGUGGAUCACGGAGUACUCUCUGCAGAAUCACUGCGCCAGGCAUGUCCCCGGCUAAACUCAGCCUACCGCGAGACAAUGCGUCUCUAUGUGCCUUCAGUCAGCACACGACUUGUGCUUGAGGAUACAAUCCUAGCUGAUACAUGGCUUCUGCGGAAGAAUGCCAUCGUACAGCUUACAGGCAGCGUCAUGCAUCACGACCCAGAUAUAUGGGGAGCGGACGUUGAUUCAUUCAAUCCUGACCGCUUCUUAUACAGCAUGAAUGGAUCCAAGUCGAACCCUGACGGUACCAUACCAGAAGGCAAGGCUCAUUAUAUUCAUCCGGCAGCCUUUCGGAGUUUUGGUGGGGGUGCGAGUCUCUGUCCAGGCCGACAUUUCGCGAACAUGGAAGUCUUGGGCCUAGCCGCAGUCUUGAUCAUGGGUUUCGAUAUGGAGCCAGUUGAUGGUACAACCUGGAACCCGCCAGCAGACGUGAAAAGAAUACCAAUUGCUGUGAUGAAGCCCAUGGCGCCGCUGAACGUAAGGAUGAAGAUCAGGGACGAGUUCAAAGGCGUCAAGUGGGAGAUGAGAGUGUAG